CAUGGAUGGAGAAAAGCGGAAAAUAAGUAUCUGCUCACGGCAAGAGCCGUCAGCUGCACUGAAGAUCUUGAAAGAUGGGAACAACAAACGUGACGAAAUCCCUGAUAGAGUGACUCUGAAAAAAGAAAUAGGACUUUUAAGCGCCUGUACAAUAAUCAUAGGGAACAUAAUUGGUUCUGGAAUCUUCAUAUCUCCUAAGGGGGUUCUAGAGCAUUCGGGUUCAGUGGGUCUAGCACUGAUUGUGUGGGUACUAGGGGGCUGCAUAGCUGCCCUGGGCUCUCUCUGCUAUGCUGAGCUGGGGGUCACCAUCCCCAAGUCAGGGGGGGACUACUCCUACGUCACAGAAAUAUUCGGAGGCCUUGUUGGGUUCCUCCUCCUGUGGAGUGCGGUGCUCAUCAUGUACCCCACUACCCUGGCUGUCAUCGCCCUCACCUUCUCUAACUAUGUCCUACAGCCUGUCUUCCCCGACUGUGUCCCUCCCUACUUGGCCACACGCUUGCUGUCAACAGUCUGUCUAUUGUUCCUGACCUGGGUGAACUGCUCCAGUGUGCGUCUGGCAACCAGGAUCCAGGAUGUUUUCACGGUGGGGAAGCUGGCAGCCCUGGGUCUCAUCAUAGUGGUCGGCCUGGUGCAGAUCUGCAAGGGUAACUAUGAGGGACUGACGCCUCAGGUGGCUUUUGAGUUCAGCAGGAUGCCCUCAGUUGGGCAGAUCGCUCUGGCUUUCCUCCAGGCCUCUUUUGCCUUCAGUGGAUGGAACUUCCUGAACUAUGUCACAGAAGAAGUGGUUGAACCGCGACGGAACCUACCUCGUGCCAUUUACAUCUCCAUCCCAUUGGUGACCUUUGUGUACACGCUCACCAACAUCGCCUACUUCUCCGCCAUGUCACCCGAGGAGCUGCUCUCAUCCAACGCUGUGGCCGUCACAUUUGGAGAGAAGCUCCUGGGGAUGUUCUCUGUCAUUAUGCCCAUCUCUGUAGCCUUGUCCACGUUCGGAGGCAUCAACGGCUACCUCUUCACCUCCUCAAGAUUGUGUUUCUCUGGGGCCAGAGAGGGACAUCUACCCAGCUUGCUGGCUAUGAUCCACUUUAAGAACUGCACCCCUAUCCCAGCUCUCCUCUGCUGUUGUACUGCCACCAUUGUAAUCCUGUGUAUAGGAGAGACGCACAACCUGAUCAACUAUGUGUCCUUCAUCAACUACCUCUCCUAUGGAGUCACCAUCGCAGGCCUGCUCUACUACCGAUGGAAGAAGCCCAAACUAUACAGACCAAUUAAGGUAAACCUGCUUGUCCCUAUCACCUACCUGAUGUUCUGGGCCCUGUUGCUGGGCUUCAGUCUGUAUUCUGAGCCAGUGGUGUGUGGUGUCGGGCUGGUCAUCAUGCUCACCGGUGUACCAGUCUACUUCCUGGGGGUGCACUGGAAAGCCAAGCCAAAGUGUAUCUAUGACUUCAUCGAGUCAGCGACCUACGUGGCACAGAGGCUGUGUUUCGUGGUCUUCCCCCAGUUCGACCCUAUCGAGAUCAGUCCGAUCGAAGAAUGGCCUGACACAUCAUCCAACACUCUCUCUGGGAAGUCUUAAACUCUUUUUGCCUUCUGAAGUCUUUUUCUUUUUGUAUAUUCUGUCACUGUAUGAUGACAUGGUCCGUUCCUUUUAGUGGAGCCCCUUCUCUGGUCUUUGGUCACCUGAGACUCAUAUCCAUUUCUUUACUGCUAAGUGGAAUUGCAAAUGCUUUUCUUCUAUUUUUCUACUAAGUCGUCAAGUACAACAAGCUAAUGCCAACAGUAUCACGUUUUGAAACGGACUUCAUAUGCCCUAAGGAACUAUUUGCGCCUUUUCUGUAACUUUUCAACAUGGCAGUAUUUUGGUUUUGACCUGACUGUGUAUCACUGUGCCUUAUAGGGAGAAAUGUGUACCUUAUUAGCUAAUAUUAAUAUUAUCUAUUAAUGUAUUUUGGAACACUUAACGCUUUGUGUGUUCCUUAUGAGAAUUAGAAAAAGCACUGUGGUCUUCCAUAUUCUGCUUCAUGCCAGUUGUUAAUUUGCCUCAUGACAUGACGUCCUCAGAUUUGUGAACAUUUUCAGAACUAUCUGAACAUAGACUCCAGAGCCUUUGACUUGAUUCCUUUGGAAAUUCAUCUCCUUAGCCAGCAGCAGCCAACAAGAUAGAUAUGUUCUGAUUGUAUACUACUGAUUGAUAGAUAGGUUGUAGUUGAUAGUUGUGGGUCACUCUGUGUUUUUGCUUAGUUUAUGUUUAACUCUUGCCAUUGCCUUUUACACUACUGAUUAUAUGUCAUACUAUAAAUACACACAACUCUAAUGUUCACAGCUGACUAAAUGACCCAAACUCCAAUUUAUAUUGUUACUUGGAAGUAAAACUGCUCACAAAAUGCUUGCUGCACUUUUCUAAUGUUUGUUUCUAAACAUGUUUUUUCUUUUUUUUCUACCACACUUAAAACUAAACAUGCUGGUAACCUGACAAAAACUGUACUGUACUGUACUGCCACUGAAUUUCUCUGCCCCAAACAGAGUUCUUUAACCACUAUUUGUUCUUCACAUGGCCAGGCCCUUGACUCUUACUGUAAAACAAAACUUGUGAUUUGUUGUAUUUCUUUUGAAAUGAACAUACAUUUUAAUUAGCAUAGCUUGAUAGAUAGAUAAUGUAUUGUUCUAGAUAGAUAGAUAGAUAGAUAGAUAGAUAGAUAGAUAGAUAGAUAGAUAGAUACCACAAAUUACUCAAGGAACAUAUGUUAUGCCAAUAACCAGAUAAAAUGAUUUAGGAUUAAGAUACACUACAUGACCAAAGGUAUGUGGACACCUGCUCGUUUCAUGAAGCUCCCGACAAACA